CGCACGCAGACACGCACGCACGCACACACACACGCACGCACACACCCACCACGCAGACGAGGCGAGCGGUGUUGGGUCAGCUGACUAUACUCUCUUUUUGAUACCAAUAGGAGCUUGAGCCUGACGGCAAAGCCUCCCCAUUUUCCCCGUCUUUUGCGGCAUCUUUUCCCAGGUAAGGAGCAUGGAGUUCGGCGCAAACAUGCAGUUCCUGCUCUAAUCAUGGAGGCAGCAGAUCUUCUAUGUGAUUCACUCUUCCGCUGGAUGGAGAACCGAAAGAAAUGUGCAGAAGAGCUGUUGGAACUGGCGCAAGAGCUGGAAAAUGUUCAUCAGGGCAGCACCUCCAUUCUGGCUGUAACUACAGCUGCGGGCUUAACAUCUGCAGUGUUUAUCAGUAUCUUUACAGAAGGUCUGGCCCUCCCUCUAUUGGCUGUUGCAGCAGGCAUUGUCAGCAUCAUUACUGGAGUGGUAAACGAAGCUAACUCCAGGAGUACCUUUAAAAAAUCUAUUGAAUUAAUUAAAGAAGAUAAGAAGGUUGGGAUGAGCAUUCAGAAGCAACUGCAAGAUCUGAAGGACCGGUGUGGAGGAGCAAAGCUCGGGGAUCAUGCUGAUGAGUUGGAGUGUGAGGUGACCACUCAACUGAUGGGUGCUCUGGCCAGAAGGGAUAAUACUCACAUACCCCUGGACUUUCUCAGAGAUUUCAACAGAGCCACGGUCUUUCGUCACAUGACACCAGGUGGAGUGGCUCCAGCCGAGGCCUCGCGCUUUAUUUGCCAAGCUCUGAACCUCAUUAGUUCCCCUGAGAUCACGAGUAGCCUGAAGGUAUCUGCCAAAGAAAUGGUGGAGAACAUUGGAUGCAUUGGCAUUAAAGAGGCUGUUAAAGCAGGAUCAAGGGUACCCAGUGCGAUUGGUUUAGGCAUAUGUGUGUACGACCUGAUUGUGACGUGUGAAGAAUUAGUAAAAGACAAUCGGGUCACGGAGGCCAGCAAGCUCUUACGGGAUUCAGCCAGGGAAAUACUGGAAGGCCGACAAAAGCUAAAGGAACAGCUGGAUGCAAUGCAGGAAAUCAUUCAAAAAUUGUUCCAAAUGAAGAACCUCAUCAAGGACUUGGGGGAAUAUUCUCUCAGCCUGACUGAAAAUGGACAGAACAUAAUGGCGUAUAUCAUGGGAACAUGUACAGACAAUGAAGUUGUCUCCUGGCUUCGGGAAUUAACUCAUCAGAUUGAAUUUGUGAAUCUUCUACGAUUUUACCUGGAGAGAUUAAGUUGCAUUCUUCCAGAUUUGAGUACACCUGAUGGAGAUCACAUAGACAUCGUGUUUGUGGCUCAUGGCAGAAUUGUCGACCAAUUUAUGCCAGCAGGUGGCCUGGUGCCCACACCUAACAUCAUAGACACCAUUCUUUACUCUCCGUGGAACUGCAGCAUUGAUUCCCGUGCUGCAUUUGGAAUUGCUCAGGGGUUCAUUCAAGUGACAGACAGGGAGUUUUACAAUACGAGCAAUAUGCUUUACUGUGAGCCGAACCCUUUGCCAAAUCGCUGGAAUAGCAUGCAAAGAUCUCUCCACAACAUCCCAGGGAUCCUUCUAUCCCCUUUGACUCCCGAAGAAGAAGCAUGGACCUUUUUUCUUUUGAACAAUGGAGGCUUGUUCACAAAAGACUGUGUUGUAAUUCCAUAUGUUGUCCCACAAAAUAUGGUAAAUGCAUUUGGAGCGAUCCCCCUGUAUAUAUUAAUAUUUUUGUCAUCAUUCAUACUCAUGCUCUAUGGUAAAACAGCUACUGUGCACCUGGCUGCUUGUUUGGGCCGUGCAGGAAGUCCACCAAGGCCAGUAGAGUGGAGAAGACAGUAUGCCUACACAAGUGAUGAAACCCAUAUGACUAUGAGCAUGGAUGACUUUAGGCACAUUUCUUCUAGGUUACUCAAUGCCUUAAGAUCACUGUUUGACAGUGAGGAAUCAUAGAUAAAUCACCUGAUCAGCAUCUGGGUCAUUCCUGAUAUAUUACAGGGCUGGAGAAAGACCCAGAGUGAAGCAGUUUAAUGCGGAAGACCAGCCCGUUUAUUCAUGUUGCAAGAACUAUAUAACAGAAGUGAGAGUUUAGGUCUUUCUAUCCCAUCAUAUUAACUACUGACAUGUUUCAAUCACAACAUAAAGAUAAAUAACAAAUUGCAUAUGGAGUAUUGUGCUAUGCUAAUGAAAAAAAUGUUGGUUUUCAUUUAAACAAGUAUUUCAAUUCACAUUUAUUUGUAUAGCACUUUUCACAAUGAGUGAUCUGUUAUCAAAGGUGACUGUGUCCGAGUUAUGAAUUUCAAAAAUGUACAUUUACAUAAAAUGUUUGCUUUCCAAUACAAACAGUCUCUGAGAAACUCAAGGAAAUGCAGAACAACAAUAAGAACAUGCUGGUGCUGAAGAAAUCAGCAAAUCACAACUAUUACAGACUGACUGCUGUGCUGCAGUAUAGUGCUGUAUAUACAGGAGAUCAAUUACAGUGUGAAAUAUAACAUUACUCAUUAUAGCAAAUUAAAAAAAAAAACGUACAAAAAUGCUGCUUUAAAAAUAAUGUAAUUUAUCAAAAAAAAAAUAAAUACAUUAUAUAGUAUAUUAAUUGUCCUUAUAGAUAUUUCAGUGUUUGAUGCAUAAGGCAUAACAAGCUUGUUUCACUUGCUUUCUGUGUAAAACUUUCACCUGUGUAUGGCAUAAUUAAUAAUCUACUGUUAAUAAUUCGCAUUAUAUACUUCUAUUAUUCAUUUUGGUCAUCAAGUAUUAAUAAAUAACUUUGUGUCUUAUACUCUUCCAUGGUAACACUUACACAGUAAUAAAGUCAUUAUAAAUUAUUUGCAAACUAUUAGUUAGUUCAUUGUUUAUUAAUAGUAUUAUUAACACAUUAUCAGGCUAUAUACAAAUAGUGAAUUCGUCAUUCAUUGUUACUGUAUUAUUUUUUAAUUAGCUCAUAUGAAAAGACUUCAGCUUUGUUAACUUGAUGAAUACACCUAUCUGAUGCAUUUUAAACCAUGCAUUAAAGGAGUGUAAUAGCAUGUAUUAUUCACAGUAAAUAAAUUCUUAUGUAUAAAAUGAAUUUAUGCAAAUUGAUGCCAAAGUGUCAAUAUGAACACUUACUGUUUAUGGAAUUAAUGUUUAAUAAUGGUAGGAUUACAGCAUUAUGUGUCCUCUUUUUCAUUCUUUUAAUUGCAUCUUAAAUCAAUUUUAAUCUGA